AUGAGCAAAUCACGGCCAAGCAUUGCAUCCAGAAGCAUAGGCCUUCAAAACAGCGACCGGAUACGCCGCCGCUACAAAGGCUAUAUCGCCGAACCGGGCAGCCAGGCCAACCCCAUCCAAGGUUUCUAUGCAGAUCUCAUAUCGCAACCCCAUGCAAAGGUUCAAUCUGCGACCCGAGCCGCUCCGACCCCGCCACCCGCUGAGUCCCUCCCCACAACGCAGAAGGAAGAGACCCUCGCAAAAGCACGCAUAGUGUUUGGUUCGCGUCUGGCUGGCCCGGCGGAGCAUCAAGCGGACAGAGAAGCUUCGUCCGUAGUCAUAGGGGGGGUUAGGGUCCCGCCGCGGCCUGCGCAACCGGACAACUGCUGCAUGUCUGGCUGUGUGAACUGCGUGUGGGAUGUAUACCGUGACGACUUGGAGGAAUGGGCUGCUAAGAGUCAAGAGGCGAGGGCCGCAUUGCAAGCAAAGCGAGUUCGUGGAGAGGGUACAGGCAUGAUGGUCGCGCCGGAGGGCACGCCGCAACACGUAGCAACUAGCAUGGACGAUGAUGGCGGCGGGAGUGAGGCGAAUUGGAGCGCGCAGCUAGGGACGGGCAAGGAGGACUUGUUUGGCGAUAUACCCGUUGGCAUAAGAGAGUUCAUGAGGACUGAGAAGAAGUUGAAGCUGAAGCAUUUACAGGAAGGGAGUGUGGGUUAG